UUGCCUAAGCAUUGAGCAAGGCAAGCCUUUCUUGUUAGCUAUUUAUGAAACUGUUCAGUGCGGGCAGCUUUCUUAAGUCUUCUCACAUUUGUUUGUACGUAUUUGAAAACGUGUUUAACACAUUAACCGACUUGUACGUUUCUUUUCUUAUCAAAUACAUAAGGUGAGAGUGUCGGUAGAGCGCAGCUAGCCGGGUAUCAGAUCAGGCUAGUGAAUGUGUAUCUGUAGUAGCCCCCGUGUUAGCUCGAUAGCUAGCUGAGCAGCGGUAACACUCAGAGGAGGAAUGAACCAUAAAAGUAAGAAGAGGAUUAAAGAGGCGAAACGGAGCGCCAGACCCGAACUGAAGGAUUCAAUAGACUGGAUAAAACACGACUAUCACCAGACUUUUGACGUGUCACAACGCACCGUGAAGGACAACGUUGAGCGUGUGGAUGCCCGACAUCUUACUCCUGAAGAGUUCAUCCAGCGUUUCGAGCGGCCCUACAAGCCUGUUGUCCUGCUCAAUGCCCAGGAGAACUGGCCGGCUCAGGAGAAAUGGACUUUGGAGCGCCUCAAACGCAAAUACCGCAACCAAAAAUUUAAGUGUGGAGAGGACAACGAUGGAUACUCAGUGAAGAUGAAGAUGAAGUACUACAUGGAGUAUCUGGAGACUACCAGGGAUGACAGCCCGCUCUACAUCUUCGACAGCAGCUACGGCGAACAUGCCAAACGCAGGAAGCUGCUGGAGGACUACCAGGUGCCCAUCUUCUUCAGGGAUGACCUGUUCCAGUUUGCAGGAGAGAAGCGCAGACCACCAUACAGGUGGUUUGUAAUGGGCCCGGCCCGCUCUGGCACCGGCAUCCAUAUCGAUCCACUGGGCACCAGCGCCUGGAACGCCCUCGUUCAAGGACACAAGAGGUGGUGUCUUUUCCCCACCAACACACCCCGGGAGCUGAUCAAGGUGACCAGAGAGGAUGGUGGCAACCAGCAGGAUGAGGCUAUCACCUGGUUCAACGUGGUUUAUCCUCGAACGCAGCAGCCGAACUGGCCUCCAGAGUUCGCACCGCUGGAGAUCCUCCAAAAACCUGGGGAGACCGUUUUUGUGCCUGGCGGUUGGUGGCACGUGGUCCUCAACCUGGACACAACAAUCGCCGUCACUCAGAACUUUGCCAGCACGACCAACUUUCCCAUCGUGUGGCACAAAACUGUCCGAGGGCGACCCAAACUCUCCAGGAAGUGGUACCGAAUCUUAAAACAGGAGAGGCCAGACCUGGCAGCGCUGGCUGACAAAGUGGACCUUCAGGAGUCGACGGGCAUCGCAUCAGACAGCUCUAGCGACUCUUCAUCAUCAUCAUCCUCCAGCUCGUCCGACUCUGACUCUGAUGCAGCAUCAGGCUCUGAGGGGGACGCCAUGUCCCACCGCAGGAAGAAGAGACGGACCUGCGGGACGGCGGCCAAUGGUGACACCAGCAGCCAGGACGACUGCGUCAGCAAGGAGAGGAGCUCGUCACGGUGACCUCCGGCCACCUCCGUCCUGCCUCCACCCACCUCCAGCUGGUGACUCCUUCGCUCAUGAACACAGAAACAGCUGCUUCCUGUCUAGUUUAGGUAAAUGUCUAAACCCCUCAGUGAAAAGCGUUGUUAGAUUUAGGAGGAGGAUCCACUGGAGACCUGUCACCACUGUGCUUUCAAUCAAUAUUUGUUUGUGUCUGUAGCGUCUGUAGUGUGAGGACAUGAAGAGAGAUUAUAGCCCAUAACCGGACUGGGGAGUAUGGUGAAACUGGGAACUUGUGGGCUUUGAGCUUCUUUGAGUCUCUGAGCUGUGUUGUGAUGUGAGCCUGUUGAGAAAUGAAGGGAUGGGAAUAUUUCUGAGGGGCGUCUGUAACUGUAAACAUGAAACUCAGCCACCAGAAGAGCUGAAAAUCAACAGUGUCUGUAGUUUAACACCCUGUGUCGCUGCAGCAGUACUUACACAUCUCUGUACAUUUAGAAUAUAUGUUAAACUUGGGCCUCUAUUUUCACAUGUGUAAAAUGGCUACAUUCGAAUUUUGUGUUAUCGUUUUGUUCUUUUUAUGUGCUAAUUGAAAAUACUGAGACACACUGGGGAAAAAAUCAACACACUGUUUUGUUGUAAUGCACACAUAAUUUGAAGUAGUUUACAUAAGCUACUUUAAAACACUAAGACAGUACAGUUGACACAUUUUCUUCAUAUUUCAGGGUGUGUAGCUGGAGGUGAAUGCUAAUUUGUCUACAGACUGAUGGUUGUCAGUGAGCUUUUCUCUGUAACUGGGGAGGUUCAUGAUUGUUAGCUCAUCUUUCCAGGCGAGUAACCGUGGUGAAACUAGAGGCCCAAGUCGUCUUUAGGAGUCCAUAGAUUGGUGUCCAAUAAUGACCAUUCAAAAUGAAAACUCACCACCAAAUGUCAUUUAAAAAUGAUGGUGAUUUAACUUCAUGCUGGAAGUGUCACUUUAGUCAUCUAGCCUUAAAGAAAUAGAAGAGUUAAAGAAAACACAUGCAUGUAAAAGCAUGGAUUCAGAGUUACGCUGUAUUAAAUACCAGAGACUGAAGGUUGUGUUGCAGCAGCUCGGCCUUCACUUUGAUAUUCUGCCUGCUUUGUGCCAAAACGCAGCAAAUGAGAGAAACUGUCCAGAGGCACAGGAGGCUGGCUUAAUGUGGAGUCAGAUUGAGUUUGUAGUUGUAAUAAAUGACAGCAGAGGGCACUAGGCACACUGCUGCUUUUUUUUUAAAUCCAGUGGAUGUAACAGAUGGUUUUGGAGUCUGAUAAGGCAGGUGUGUUUCAGAAUGAACAGAGUUUAUUAGCAUUUAUUAAUCAGGUCGUGCAUCUUGUCGAGGUUCAGCUGAGCUUUCAGUAGAAGAAGAGUGAGUGAUUCAAUGAGCAACUAAUCACUGAUUUACUGUAGAUGUGGCAGAGCCUGUUUGUUCAACACGGAGUCAAACAUCAACUAAUAAAUAUUUUUAUCAAUGAUUAAUUUGCCAAUUAGAGCUGAAACAUAAAUUGGUCAACAAACUAGAAAUCAACAGCUGCCGAUUCAUUUGUCAUUUAGUUUUUAAAGCAAAUGUGGGGAAAAAAUAUCUUGCUGCUUCUUAAAUGUAACUAUUUUUUUGUUUUCUUCCUCUUCUGUGAUAUUUAACUGAAUGAUAAUGGGUUUUGCACUGUUGGUCAAACAAAAUGAGACAUAUGAUGGGAACUUUUUCCUACUGCUGACAUUUUAAAGACCAGUGAUUUCCCCCUGAACGACCAGAGCGACUUGUACUUUUAUCCCAGAGGUUACCAGGAGGAACAUGGAAGGAUAACUGAAAAAAUAGCAGUUAUGAUUCGGUAAAAUAUCCACAUAUUUGUAUUUAGGAAUCAAAUAACACCGAAACAGGAUUGCAAGUUAAACCAUCAGCUUUUAAUAGCCAUAGGAAAUAGGAAACACCUGCACACCACCCGAAGGAGUAUCUGAGCUCAUCUGACAGUAAUGGUCGUGAACCCAUUGUUACAGUUGAUAAUGAAAAUGAACAUUAUAUCUUGAUUAACUGGUUGAUUUAACAUCAGAGAUAAGUAAAAUAUGUAUUUUCAAAUGUCCCAUUUUGACCAACCAACAGACUAAAACCUAAUAUAUUCAGUUUACUGUGAUAGAAAACAGAAAAUUCUCACUUUUUUGCUCUAAAAAUGUCUUAAAUAAUUAAUAAUUUACCAGAAUAGCUGCUAAUAGGUCUUCUGUUGAUCCACAAUUCUUACUGAAGCUUUGUGCAGCCCUUACUAAAAGCCUGAGUUGCGUAUAAUGAACUGUAAAGUUCUCCAGAUGACGUAACUUGCUGUAUGUGUGCAGCUGAUAUGGAUCUGUUGCUUUAGACUUAAAGUGCCUAUAAAGAAGCUUGUUAGUGUGACUGUUGGGGAGGUUUAUGUGUUUUUAUCUGUUCUUAAACUAAUUUAAGGCACUGUGUUGGUCUCUGAGGUCGGUCACAUAGUGUCGUCCCCCCCCCCCCAUCCUGUAGGUUAAAUGUUGAUGAAGUGUAUCUGAGGAGCCUCUUCACACUCAGACAGCCCCUGAUGUGAUAAAUUUCAUUUUUGAUCAAUAAAAUCUUUUCUAUGACUCAAAA